AUGAUGAACAAGAGAACAUUCACUGCCAGCUUAAACUACUACUUUUUGAUGGUUCUUCUGUUAUGCUUGGUUGUUGAGGCAGCUGGUUCUAUCGGCUUACUCACAACACUGGCCGGCGGAGGGCCAAAUGGUGAUUUAUUUAUUGCUGAUACUGAAAGUUAUAGGAUCCGAAGGAUUUAUACAAAUGGUACCAUCCUUACUGUUCUUGGAAGAAGAUGGGGCUAUGAUAAAAACGUAGAUCCAAAAACAAUGAUGAUCAAUCCUUAUGGUGUUGCUGUGGAUUCUAUGGAACAAGUUUAUAUAUCAGAUACUGACCGUAAUAGAAUUUGUAAAAUUCUGACCAAUGGUACAUUUAGAAUUGUUGCAAGUGCCAAUUCACCAAGAGGAAUCACUGUUGAUUCCAAUGAUGAAGUUUACUUUGCUGACUCGAAAAAUCAUAGGAUUCGGAAAAUUCUGAAAGAUGGAACUGUCAUCACAAUUGCUGGGACUAAAACUGGAGGAUAUAAUGGUGAUAACAUUCCACAAACUACAGCACAACUCAACAACCCAUAUGAUGUUAAAAUUGGUUCUGAUGGUGCUAUUUAUAUUGCAGAUUAUGGAAAUAAUAGAAUUCGUAAAAUUGCUAACAACACCAUAACAACAGUUGCUGGUAAUGGAACAAUAGGUUCUGAUUCAGAUAAUGCGGAAGGAACAAGUGCCAAACUGAGUGGUCCAAGUGGUAUUGCUAUAUCUUCAACUGGUGAUGUUUACAUUUCUGACACAAACAAUAACAAGAUAAGAAAGCUUUCAACCAAUGGAAUAAUUACAACAUUUGCUGGAACUGGAGUAAGUGGUUUUUUUGGAGAUAAAGCAGACGCCAAAAGGGCUAGGCUUUCUGGACCAAGAGGUUUGGCAAUCACUGCCAGUGGUGUUCUUUACAUAGCUGACACUAACAAUAAUCGAAUUCGUCAGGUUUCCCAACAAAACAUAAUCUCAACAUUUUCAGGGAAUGAUGACAAGGUUUAUUGUUCUGAUGCUGGAUUGGCACUUGGUUCUAGAACCCCAUCUCCUCGAGGAAUUUCCCUUGACCCCACCACUGGUGAUAUUUACUUUGCAGAUUCUACUAAUCAAAGACUUAGUAAAAUUACAAGUGAUGGUGAAAUUGAACUAGUUUCUGGAACUGGAGAAGCAAAUUUCUUUGGAGAAAAUGUAGUGGCAACAACAGCCAAGUUAAAUAAUCCUAGUGGAGUAACUGUGGAUCCUAAAACUGGCGACUUAUACUUUGCAGAUACCAAGAACAAUAGAAUUAGAAAAAUUACACCUUCAAAAAUAAUUUCAACAAUUGCUGGAACUCAAACAACCAUUCUAGGAGAUGGAGAAUUAGCAACAAAAGCUUCAUUAAUUGCUCCUUCUGAGAUUAUUCUUUCUCCAACUGGUGAAAUUUAUAUAUCUGACAGUGGUCACCACAGAAUUCGUAAAAUCUUGACAAAUGGUACCAUUAUCACAUAUGCAGGAACUGGACUUAAACCUUAUAAUGGGGAUGGCAUUCAGGCAACAUGUGCUAAUUUAGAUACUCCAUAUGGAAUCGCUUUAAAUUCGGAUGGGGAACUCUUCAUAGCUGACCAAAAUAACUAUAGAGUUCGAAAAGUAUUUACAAAUGGAACCAUUGUAACAAUAGCAGGGAAUGGGGAAAGAACUUACAAUGGAGACAACAUCCUUGCAACAAGUGCUGCAGUAGAGGCACCAACAAACAUUGCACUAGAUUCAAAAAGUGGAGCAUUAUAUGUCGGAAGCUCUAGAAUUCGAAAGAUUGAUUCGAAAGGCGUCAUCUCCACUGUUGCAGGUACUGGAAUUGUGACUGGUAUUUUUUUGUAUACUGAUGGUAUUGAAUCAACCAGUGCUAAUAUCAACACAGGGGGACUGUAUCUUUUGUCUAAUGGAGAUUUGAUUUUUUCAGAUAGAAGCUCUCAAUUGAUUAGAAGAUUAACUUUUACGAGAUGUAAUGGAACAAUGUAUGAUGAUGCCAGUGUUUGUAAUGGAAGGGGAAAUUGUACAACAAAUGAUCAAUGCUUUUGUGAAUGGGGCUAUUAUGGAAAAUUUUGUGAGAGCCAAAAUGUUUCUUGUUUUGGAAAAUCACAAAAUGAUAGUUUAGUUUGUUCGGGAAAUGGAGAAUGUUUUUCUUUAGAUAACUGUACAUGUUUUAAUGGAUGGAAGGGAUCAGAUUGUUCAAAUAACUUGACUAUGAAUGAAAGCUCGUUAAAUUCCACCACUUCACCAAUUUGUGUGCCAUCCUUGAAUUGUUCGUCUCACGGUGAAUGUUCAGCCAAUGGUACUUGUGUUUGUUAUUCAAAUAGUAUUGAUGGAUAUUUCACAUUGGAGAAUUGUAGCACUUGCCAAAUCAACUAUUAUGGUGAAUUGUGUUCGACUAGUUUUAGUGAAACUUUGAGAAUUACAAAUGACUGUAAAGGAGUUGAGUUAAAUUUGACAAGUCCUUUUAAAUAUCAAUCAUUUAGCGUUCAGUGCUCAUUAUUAAUUCAUGAAAAUGACCUGAAUCUAUUUGGUGAAAAUCCUAAAUGUUUUUGGAAAUCAAAAGAACUGAACAAUGUGUUUGUCAUUGAAUUUGGAGAUAAUUACUCAUUGAAAUCCCAAGAUUCUAUCAGAUUUUACACUUCAGUAUUUGAUUUUAAUAGAAAUGCAUCUCAAUAUGUAACAAGGACAGUUCAAACUCCUUCUGAUCCAGUAAAACCACUAGCCAUCAUUUCAACACUAAGGAAAAUGUACAAUGCUUGUGAAAUUAUUGAGAUAGAUGCAUCAUCUUCUUAUUCACCGGAUAGAAGACCAUUGAAUUUUAGGUGGUCAAUUAUUCAAUCCCCUUCAAACGAAACGCUGGUCAAUUCUCUCAUUCAAAAUACUCAAACAAAUUCAUCCAUCACACUACCUUUGGAUCAGAGUAGGACUAUUGGAGAUUACAUUGUGAGAUUACAAGUAGAAAGUACAUUCACCAAUAGCUUGAGCGAUUAUCAAGAUUUCAAAUUCACCAUAACACUGGACAGUAUUCCUAAUUUAUCUAUUAUUGGAUAUAAGGAUGGUUAUAUCAAUGUGAAAACAAUGGAUGUUCCAUUAUUUGUUGAAAAGUCAGUUUCACUUCCUUCAUGUUUGACCAACACGAACGAACUUGUUAAAGUUGAAUGGAACCCAAGUGGUGGUGGCGAUUUAUUGAAUUACUACAUUAAUUCAAAUAACGAUUUGGUGAUACCAAAUUUCCAAAAGAAGGGAAUUUAUCAAUACACAUUUAAUGUUACUGCUUAUUUAAUAAGCAAUCCUCUUUCCAUUAGUUCAAUACAAUUGGUUAUUGAAACAAGAUCAGAGCAAUUAUUUUCCAACUUGUACAUCGAUGACAUCUCAUCAAAGCAAGCUAAAAUUAUUGUUGAAAGUCAAGAUAUUGAACAAAGCAAUGAAAAUGAAAUAUGGACUUUAACUUGCCAAGGUUUAACAACUUUGAGUGAUUGUGGAUCAACAAUUUCUAAUCAACUUUCUAAUUUGGCAUUAUUGAAAUCGAACUUGUUAGAGUUAACUGCAUCCGACUUUUCAAAACAAGAUUCAACAUAUUUAAUUAGCAUUGUAAUUACAAAAGGAAUGAGACUGGUUUCAAGUUCUGUUCAAUUAACAUAUCCAAAAUCAAAUGAUAAUAUUCCUCCACUAAUAAGCUUGUUGAAUGUUAUUCCAAAUAGACAAAAACUCUCAGUGAAUGAGGUGCUAAAUCUGCAGUUAUCAGUGACAAAAUCUGAUGGUUCUGAUUUAACUAAUAUUAAGAGAAAUUGGUUACUGAAUGGAAAUUCAAUUCCAUUAGAUUAUUUGAAGAGAAUGGCUUCAUUGGAAUCCAAUUCUUUAAUAAUGGAGUUAAGAGGUUUAGAGGAAGGAACUACCAAUCAAGUUUCUUUACAAGUUACUGAUUUGGAUACUGGAUUAUCCAAUCGCUUUGAUUAUUCAUUCACUAUUUCAAAAUCUCCUCAGCAAUGUAGUUGCUUAAUUUCACCCACCACUGGUUUUGCAAUGGAAACAGAUUUUACAUUUAAUUGUCUUAGUUGCCAAAAUAAGGAAAAUUCCUUGGUGUUUUCGCAUUACUUUAUUGAUAAAGGUGCCUCAAUUCCUUUGGUCAUUAGGGGAGGAAACAGUUUCACAACCAAGUUACCUUAUCCAAUUUUAAAUCCACUCCAAUUAUCUACGAAAAUUAUUGAUAAAGAUAGCGAAGCAUCAGUUACAACCUAUCAAAUUAUUCAAAUUCAACUUCCAAUAGCCACAAGUUUGCGGGCUGUUAAGACUUAUUCAACAAAAUGGAAUGGAAUUCAAAAUUCGCUUCAACAAGACGAUGUACGUAGAAUGAUUUUCAAUUCUGCAAUUAUUUCUCGAACAAUUGAUGCAAUGAUUGCAAAAUUGUCAGUUGGAAGAAGAAGUAUUCAAGAAGUUUGUUUGAACGGAGGAACAUUCAGUGAAAAAUUACAAAAAUGUUCAUGUCCAAUAGGUUAUUCAAAGCGGGACUGUAGUUUGUCAACUGAUGAUUUCUUAAUGGUACAAGAAAUUAAAAGGUCACUAUUCAACAACUUUUUGACAGCCAAUCAAAAUAAUCAAAUGAAGAUAUCUGACACUUAUCUAAUAUGUCAAAUAUAUGGAUUAGAUUCUUUAUUAUCUAAUUAUGACGAAAUAGAUCAAGAAAUGUUUGAAAGAGGAUCUAAACUAUUCAAGUCUCUUAUAGAAUUAGCACAUGGUAUUGCAAUAGUUGGGGUUGUUGUGGUUCCUGUUAUCAUUGUGUUGGUCAAGAGAAAACAAAAGAAACCAAAAGAAGUUGUAAACUCUGUUGAACUACCAACAGCAGUUCAUAAUUUGUGGCUAGAAACAAAAUAG